CGAGCAGUUGGCAAUGUUUACAAUUUAAAGUUUGACACGACAGAAACACUCGCUAGAACAAAGACGUGGAACUGUGUGAUCUCACAACGAUACGAGCAGUUGGCAAUGUUUACAAUUUAAAGUUUGACACGACAGAAACACUCGCUAGGACAAAGACGUGGAACUGUGUGAUCUCACAACGAUACGAGCAGUUGGCAAUGUUUACAAUUUAAAGUUUGACACGACAGAAACACUCGCUAGAACAAAGACGUGGAACUGUGUGAUCUCACAACGAUACGAGCAGUUGGCAAUGUUUACAAUUUAAAGUUUGACACGACAGAAACACUCGCUAGGACAAAGACGUGGAACUGUGUGAUCUCACAACGAUACGAGCAGUUGGCGAUGUUUACAAAUAGUUUCAAGUUUAAUACUGUCAGGGACACGACGCAGAUAACAAGUGUUUGCCUGAUAUCGGCAGUCUGAGUGUCUUUUCCAGCUUCGAACCAAGUGGCCCCAACCUGGAUAGGCUCGCACAAAAAUUGGUCUCUGUCGAGACCUCCUCGCUGUAAGGAUGAGACUGAGGAUUCUAGCAGAACAACCUUAGACCUCGUCGCUGUAAGGAUGAAACUGAGGAUUCUACCAAACCAACCUCAGAGUCUAGCCGUUGUACGACAAUACAUGGUCGCAGUUUCAGCCUCGUUGCCGUUUGCAGUUGCUGGCUCAGUGGUAGCAUGGCCGUCUCCAAUUCUACCCAAGAUGCUCGCCCAAGAAGCUCCUAUUUCCAUGAACAUCAGAGAGAUCGCAUGGAUGGUAUCACUUCUGUACCUGGGAAACCUAACGAGUCCCAUUCCAGCAGAGUAUUUGGCCGACAGCUACGGCCGAAGGAAGAUUCUUCUGUACACCGGUCUUGUGUCUGUCAUGUCCUGGCUGAUGAUACUGUUCGCCACGAACUCCACACAUCUGUUUGUCGCGAGGUUUCUAGCCGGCCUACAGUUCGGGAUGAUCGCGACCGUUCAACCCAUUUACAUCGGGGAAAUAUCACAACCGGACAUUCGAGGAACUUUGAACACCUUCAAUAAUUUCAUGUUUGGCACCGGUAGUCUUUUCUCGUUUGUGGUCGGGCCAUUUGUUUCUUAUUACACCUUCGCCCUCGUGUCAUUGGUUUUCCCUCUUCUCUUUUUGCUGACUUUCCUGUUCAUGCCUGAAUCACCAUACUACAGUUUGAUGAAAAACAGAACGGAAAAUGCCAGGGAGUCGUUGUUCUGGCUACGAGGGGAUCUCAACCGAAUUGAACUCGAAUCUGAGUUGAAUCAAAUUGAAAGAACUGUCCAAAAUCAAAUGCAGCGUCCUGGAUCUUUCGGUGAUCUCUUUGCUACGAAAUCUGCCAGGAAAGCUAUGGUCAUAAAUAUCGCCUUUUCCAUCAUAAAAAGGCUGACGGGGGCCGGAGCUAUAAUGACUUUUGGGUCAGUAUCCUUGCCCCACAGAACUUUCGGGGUCAUUAAUUCUGACGAGUGCAUGAUUAUACUGGGAAUUGUUAAUGUACUCUCCUCUUUUCUUGUCGCCUUUGUUGCGGACAUGUUUAGCCAGAAACAUCUACUAAUCGUAUCUUGCUCAGGAUGUUGCGUCACUACAUUAGUUCUCUCCGUAUGGUUUUUUAUGGACCCGAAUUACGAUUUAGACGUAAGCCAGUCAGAGUUUUCUCCAUUGUUAAUAUUUUUAGUUCACAACUUGUUCUACAAUCUCGCUUGUGGAUAUGCGGGAGCUGUUUUUCAGGCAGACAUCUUCCCUGGAAAUGUGAAGAUGAAAUCGACCGCCGUCACUACGAUAUCUCUCGCAUUUUCUUCUUUCAUCAUUAACAAGUUCUACCUCGUAAUCGCUCACUAUGAGGGCGUUUUCUUCAACUACGUUAUUUUCACUGUGGGUUCUUUUCUUGGGGUGUUAUUUUUUGUUCUCUACCUGCCAGAAACGAGAGGCAAGACAUUGGAAGAAAUACAAAUCAUGCUCGGUGGUUCCGUGGGUGCUAAUGUUACUUCACUUCCUCAAACUCGGACGUUUUAGUUACUACGAAGAUCACCUCAACUAUAGUUUAUAUGUGAAAUAUUCUCUCUACUGUGUAUUAAAUAUUCUAAAUUAUUGAACAGAGUAUGUAAAAGGUUUGUGCAUAUUAUUAAGUGCUGUAUCUAGUCAUUAUAUUUAAAUUUGAAUUCAC